CCUUCGGUCAUGUCUAUCAAUCAAGACCGAUGGAUUUAACAAUGUUCGUUCUUGCCCAGGAAGCACUGUGUUCAGUGUGACCACUAUGUCAGUGACUCUGCUUAUAGUCCAUAUCGUCUGGCGUCCUGAAGAUCCUGGCUGAAGACCGACCCAAUUCAUCCCACCGUGUCUUCAACCAUGUCUUCUACCAUCACCGGCCGAAGUGGCAAGGAUACUUCCAUCUUUGACAGCCCUACCUUUGACAAGGAUCUCCGUAUCCAUGUCAAUCAGGCUGUAGGUUCUGCGUCUAUCUCGCCUGGUGGCAGAGACGUUGUUCUGGCUUCUCAACAAGGUCUGCAUAUCAUAGACCUCGAUUCUCCUUUCUCUCCUCCACGUCAUCUCCGCCAUCAAACUCCAUGGACUCCCGCCGAUGUACAGUGGUCUCCUUUUGCCUCGAGAUACUACUGGGUUGUUAGUACCUCGAAUCAGAGAGCCUUAGUCUGGAAUCUUGAGCUUGCCAGCCUUCAAGCCCCAAUCGAGCACACCUUACAUGCUCAUUCCAGAGCUAUCACUGACAUCAACUUUUCUCCCUUACAACCAGAUCUUCUUGCUACAUGUGCAGUCGACGCCUUUGUCCAUUGUUGGGAUCUGCGAGUGUCGGCAAGACCUGUAGUCAGCUUUUCUGAUUGGUUCGCCGGUGCGACCCAAGUCAAGUGGAACCGACGAAAUCCACACAUUGUCGCUUCAUCACACGACAAGUAUCUACACAUUUGGGAUGACCGUAAAGGCGCCUUACCUCUCAAAACAAUUGAAGCUCAUCAGACAAAGAUCUAUGGAAUCGACUGGAGCCGCACUGAUGAGACUAAGAUUGUCACUUGCUCGCUUGAUCGUACUAUCAAAGUGUGGGACUACGAGUUCUCUGAAACCGAGCCCGAACGUGUCAUCAACACGCCCUUUCCGGUAUGGCGAGCUAGGCACACACCAUUUGGAAAUGGAGUCUUGGCUAUGCCUCAAAGAGGAGACCAUGAUUUGCACAUGUACGACUGUCGACCAUCCAAUCUGACCAAUACUCCAGCUCUCACUGAGCCAAACUAUCGAUUUACUGGCCAUGAUGAGCAGGUCAAAGAGUUCUUGUGGCGAGGACGUGGCAACGUCGACGAAUACGCCGACAGUCGCGACUUCCAGUUGGUCUCGUGGGGAGCCGACCAUGAACUGAUCCUCCAUCGCAUGGGAGAUAGACAGUUGCAAUCCAUCGGGUUCCACAAGGGAAUGCAGAUGGACAAACCUGUGCAGCUUACUCGAAUUGGUGCCCCUUACAAGUCAUUCAGGGAUCGUCCCGUUCAUCCUGGAACAUCUGCUGAGAACACGGCACAAGGAUCUGGGAUGGCGCAUCCUGGUACCAGUCCUGGAAUGAAUAAAGUACCCAUUCCGAUCGCUGGUGGAUGGGCUGACGACAGUCAGAUGAUGACUUACUCUGGUAUUGAGACCCGAAACGCGAGACCGCAAGACAACGGACUCAUUUCCUGGAUGAAGGGUGUCAAAUUCGGCAAGCGUAAGCCAAGCUCUCCUGAAAGACAGGCCACAAGAAGGCUUUCGAUCAUCGCUGAUCUACACCAUCCGGAUUCUCAUAAUGUGCGUGAGAAUCUGAGCGACGAAAUCAUUCACGUCGGAGAAAAAUUCACCCGAGUCACGGUCGAGGAAGCAGACGUGUCAAAUCGAUAUGUGAAGAUAUCGCUCAAUGGGCCAUGGGCCGCUGAGGAAAAGCUGGCUUUCAUGCAGCUAUGUAUGGACUUCCCGGUAGAUUACCCUGAAAAGUCGGUUCCUUGGUUUCAUCUUGACAAGGCAUCUGCGUUGUCCGAGGAGAAGGUGGCAGAGCUCGAAGGCAAUCUACGUAAAAUCGCCACAGGAUACUUGAUACAUCGCCGGGGAUGUAUCGAAGGUUUCUUGUCAUAUCUCACUGGCGAAAGAGACCUUGAGGAUAGCAUCAGUUGGCUUGGCCUUGGCGGAAAUGAUGUGAUCGCGCCAGGAGAGGAAGCCGAAAGUUCCAGCGACGAAGAGGACGGCUUACUCGGUGACUAUGGUGGUAGUGAAUCACAGAACUUGGGCAUGGAGGGCAGUGUUGGAUCUGGCAUCUUCAGCACCAAUGCCAAUGUGCCGCUUCCCAGAACUUGUGGAGCUCUCUGGGCACCGAAUGGUCAGCUCAUCUGCUUCAUGCCGCCUAAAGAAGAGCCACGUUCAAUACUGCAGAAGUUUGCCGUAGACGAUAGGAACCGCAACCGUGGAAGUAGAGAAAUCUUUGAAGGUUUCGGAAGGCUAAAUGCAGGCCAGUCAGAGUCGAAGUCCAAAAGCAAGCCUAGCACUGAUGCCUUCGAGGCUGAUGAUUCGGACAACAGCUCUGAGUUCUCGUCAUCGAGCUCAUCUUCUGGUUCUGAUGAGCCAGAGAUGUUCCUUCGCCGUUUCCAGCCACCAUCUGCCUGGCAUGGUGGAUCUCUACGCUUCCCGAGACUUAAAGGUCUACGAACACAUUCCACUGAAGGCUCAAUACCAACCAGCAAUGGCCUUAACAAAAAAGCCAUCAGCGCUAGACACAAGACCAAGGUCAAAGUCAUUGAUGUUGAAUGUUUGCUCCCUUCCAAGCGUGUACUUGGAUCGGAGUAUCUUGUCUAUGGCGAUGGGGAAACGGUUUGUUCGCAUAAUGCUCAGGCCGCUCUACGCAAUGGUUUCUCUGAGCUGGCUGACAUUUGGGAGUUCGUUGGUCUUAUCUUAGCCAAGAAAGUACCUUUGAGCAUGCUUCCAAUCCCCAGACAAGAGACAGACAUUCGGGUUCUGGCACGUCGAUUGCUUAUGCCGUCGCAAAGGAACGACAGCGGGCUCGACCUGUCCUUUGAUGAGCCCGAAGCUGUGCUUCACCCACGAGAGACUGCUCUCAUCAAGUGGGGAACUCAUCCAUUCGCCGGCUCGUGGCUUAUCGACACACUGUAAGCCUUGCGUUGCCAUUGUGCCUUUCGAGUCCCUUUGGCUGAUAUUCUCUACAGUUUUACUCACUUCGAAAAUCUUGCGGAUGUGCAGAUGCUCGGCAUGCUGUCAUGCAUAUUCGCGCAAUCACUAUCCGACGACCAACGUCCAACCUAUGAGGAUCUUCCGCAAUCAAUGAAUUGUGCUGCACAGCUUUUCGAUUACUUCCCAGAUAAAGAGACGGCUUUCGGUU